AAAUGUUUACGUCAUUACUUGUGUUAUUAAUCGAGAGUGAAGUUUGACAAGGCGAUCUGUUGAAAGUCUUGUUUUUAAAAAACUAGUUGACAUUUUAUAAUAGAAAAACCUAUUAAUGCUUCGGAAAAGUAGUCGGAGAACCUAGGAAACAGACCAACGAAAGAAAAUGGCCAGGGAUUAUGACCAUUUAUUUAAACUGCUCAUAAUAGGUGACAGUGGAGUCGGGAAGAGCUCUUUGCUGUUGAGGUUCGCCGACAACACCUUUUCCGGGAGCUACAUCACCACCAUAGGGGUGGAUUUCAAGAUAAAGACUGUCACUUUGAAUGGGCAAAAGGUUAAGUUACAGAUAUGGGAUACCGCGGGACAGGAAAGAUUUAGGACUAUUACCAGCACAUACUAUAGGGGGACACACGGAGUCAUCGUUGUCUAUGACGUUACGAAUGGGGAGAGUUUCGCCAACGUGAAGCGAUGGCUGCACGAAAUCGAGCAAAAUUGCGAUCUAGUAAAUAAAGUACUGGUCGGCAACAAGAAUGACACCCCGGAACGUAAAGUGGUGCUGACGGAGGAUGCCCAGCGUUUCGCCGCCACGAUGAACAUCCAGCUGUUCGAGACGUCUGCCAAAGACAAUAUAAACGUGGAAGAAAUGUUCAUGUCGAUCACGCGGCUGGUCCUGGAUUCCAAAUUAGAACUGAAGCGGCAAAACGUGACACAGAACGAAACGGUUAAUCUAAGGAAGUCGAAUAAGUCCGGGAAGAAGAGCAAAUGCUGUUAACCCGUAGUAAAUGUUGAAAGAUCGAUUCGAGUGUCUGUGGACGCGAGUGUUUUUAAUUUAGGGAUAGCGUACCUCUCGUCUUCUGUUCUUACCCGCAUUGUGAAGUACGCCUCUUCAGACGGAGGCCUGUAAUUUUUAUUUGGAUUCGUUAAGUGCUUGUAUAUAACCGAGAUAUGUAAAUAUGAUAUUUUUAGUUUAGAUUAAAGGGAGAUUGUUUCGCCUUCUGCCAAUUCUUACUUGUAGAGAGUGGUUACCCAAAUCGUUAACUUGUAAAUUUAUUGGAGGGUGCGACGAGGAGAUUAGUUGAUAAAAUGUAAUUUCCAUUCACGGGGCGCCGUCCCCCAAGACCAGUUUUAGUGAUUCCUCAAUUUGUAGUCCAGCAUUUUUAGCGUGAUUUGGAAGAUAGCCGGUAUAAAUGUAUUUUGUACAAAAUAUAAAUAAAAAAAAAGAAAGUAAUUUGGUGUUAGUAAAAAUUUUACAGUUUUCUAGUGAGUGUUCAUCCAUGUCGGCUUGUCCUCAUUCCGCGGGAACAGAUUCGCUUCGAGCUGUAAAUAGAUUCGUGCAGUCUUCGUCCUGAAUCAAAUCUAGACUCGGAUCCGUUGUCUAUUUAAUUAUAUUCCUUUUACUUGUACAAGAGAUAUUCAAUAAAUGAUAUUUUUCCAUACAUUUUAUAACGCAUAUCAUAAUUUUAUAGAUGGUAUAAUUAAUGACAAUAUUUAAAAAAUAUAUUUAUUAAAUGGUGCAUUUACUAUUUUAUUUACCGCAAGUGUUAAUGUGUAAUUUGUUUAUUAUUAAAUAAAAUGAAUAUUUGUUGUGAAAACGUUGCUUUUCAUUACACAAUCGGUAAUACGGCUUCUUUUAAGUUAACGAAAGUGUUUAUUUUGUUCCAUUUCAAUAUCUCUUAACAUCAGAAAUAAAAG